AGUAGCCAAGAACUGCGGGGCCAGAGUCUCUUCCGCUCCAAUACAGUACCGCAUUGGUUGGUUAUCGCCUAAAAGCCGGCCUCCAUCACGCAAUACGGAGGCUCCAUGUUGAUUGACAUGUUUGUAGACCAAUAGAAGUAAGAAAGUGGAGCGGGUGGGAUAUAUGAUUGGCUGAUGAGACGACUGGUCUACCUCUCGGGCCGGAGGCAUUCUGACCUAAUUUCCGGUAGCUGCAUUCGUUGCGCCGCCCGAAGUCGGCCGAUUCCUACUGGGCAUGUUUUUCAGAUCUUAUCAUGAAGUGAAAACUCCAGUUUCUGAUUUUGAAUUCAGAAGAUCACCAACUACAUCCCUAUUCAGAUAUUUAGUGCUGAGACAUUUCUGCAGGAGAAAUGUCUUCAGAGGCAGAAAAGGAUAAAGAAAGGCUGGUUCAAGCUGCCAAAACAUUCUUCUUUCACAUGCAAGAUCUCGCUUCCUUCACAAAUACACUCACCAAAUUGUUUAACAGCAGUAUGAACACUCAGAUCUCCUUGAUGACUGUGAGAGACGAUGGUAACGUUAAGGAUGUCUUUGAACAGAUGCUCAGAAUUUUUAAGGAAAUGCAGUCUGCAGUGGAGGCAAAGCACAACAAAAUGCAGAGUGAUCCUUUGAGUUCUAAGAUCGCAGCAGCCGUGUGCUCUGUGGCUGAGAAGAGCAGCGGUGUAAAGGAGCUGCAGCAGUCCGCUAAAGAGAUGUUCCAGAAUAUCCACACACCAGCCCUUGUCUCUGUGCUGAAUAGUAGUAACGUCCUUGAGAGUUUGGAGUCCUCUCUUUCACUCUUAAUGAAAUAUCCUAUCAUGAAUCUUCAAUUAAAUGACUUCUAUAGAAAAGACACCAAAGAGCAAUCAGAUGCCACCGCAUCUGAGAAAAGCCCAAGUCCAGGUCCAUCCAAAGCCACUACAAUAGAUGCCUUGAACAAGUUGCAGGAUGCACUGAACACUGAGAAUGCCAAGAACACAAUUAAGUCAGCUGCAGAUCAGUUGGAGCAAGUUGUCAAAACUAUGGGACCAAUCUUAGAGACCCUCCAAAAAGCCAUAAAAACUAUGGAAGCCAAGUUUUCUGUGUUUAAGAAAGCCAGUGAUUAGUAGGAGGGCGACAGAAGUGCUCACUUUGUCAGAAAACUGAUUCAAAUCCUGUGCGUUUUCAAAUAAUACUUUCUAAGACCUUGGAUGCCAGACAUGUGGUCUGUUGGGGCAUGAAUUCAAAGAGUAGUCACCUGGCAAACCAUUUACCUCAAGUUUUGCUUUAUUCAAAUAAAAAUGAGCAAAGAAACCCUGCUUGAAAUGGCAGUUACUGAAAAGAAUAUAUUAUUCAAAAAAAUCAAGUUUGGUUUAUGUAAAAAAGAGAAUGUUUCUAAACAUACUUCAUCUUCAAGAUAAUUAAAAUAGCCCUCAACUAAUUUCCACUCUUCGUAAUCCUAUUUCUAGUUCCUGCAGUGCAAAGUCCAGGUAAAUGUACCCAUUAUCAUUAAAUAAUGUGGCAGAAACUAACAUUCAGUCCUAGGAAACAUAAACUUCCAUAUUUGUAUCACUCAUGUACCAAUUUUUAUAUACUUUGGUGCCUUGUCCAUCAUGAGCCAUCACUAAAUACUUCUGAUAUGACUUAUCUAAAAGUGAAUAAGAACAGUGAGUGAGGAGUAAUAGGCUUGUCAUGUUUGUGUGAAUAAGAUGAGAGCAGAUGAGUUAUUCUUGUUUGUCUCCUACUGAGAUCUUACAAUUAGGAAAUACUGGAGGCUGGAAAAUGAAGGUGCUCUAUCUAACCUUUCACAAAGAAAAUAGCAUAACACUUGUUACUUGACUGUAACAGAAGUAAGGUUUCUGAGCUGUGCUUGUAUUAGGGAUGAAAAGUUAGACAAAUCCAUUUGCCUACCAUAACAUCUUGGGCUCUCAUGGAUUGCAAAUGAGUGUAUGCUCUCAAGAUUGCCCUAUGUGACAUGAUACCCAGUAGGGAGUUUGUUAAGAACAAGAAAAGC